ACGCAGCAUUUAUAUUUAUGGGGAUUUUCAAAAACCCAUUGGCGUUUCAUAUCAAUUGCUUAUUUGAUUCUUUGAAUUGCGUUAUUUCCGGUGAAAAAUGAUUUUCUUUUGCUUCUUGGUUUUGGCGAGCGCACUCACGGUUCUCUACUUGAAGAGAAAGAGCAAAGAGCCGCCUCUUAAGAUUAGCAGCGAUGAGGACGGAGAGUAUGCCAGACUGGACCGGAAAAUCAGGGAUCUGCGUACGCGGCGCAGCGUGCCGGGCGACAAGUGCAUCGUGUGUCUGAUGGAUAUGAAGCAGGGAGACAUGCACUUCCUGAAUUGCUUCCAUGCUCUGGACAAUGCCUGUUUCGGGAUGUAUCGCGAUAUUUCCAGAUACUGCCCCAUCUGCUGGGAGCCACUGAAAUAAAUAGAAAUUGUUCAAUUGCAUGGCCAA